CAAUGAGCAUCUAACGGUAUUGCCAACCACAAUGUGAUCUGAUCGUGUACGACCGCCUCCGAAACCCUUGCUCAACAUCCACUUGAUGCCCACUGUUCGUGCUAAUCGCAAGCAUGGGCCUGGCCGUUUACAAAACCAAUAUCAACACCAUUGUCCCCUCGAAGCUCUCGUGUGUGUCACGUCCCCAUCUGUUUCGACCGACGACUUCCUCUGUCGAUUCUGCAUCCUCCCUUUUUCUUCGCCCCUCGUUUUUCUUACACCCCCCUUUUCGCCUGGGCCGUUCCCAUUGCGAGGCAGUUCAAGACAACUCUUGCAAGAGUCUAGGUUUUCUCAGGCUCUCCCAAAGCCUGAGAUCCGGAACUUUAGAUUAUCUGGGUUCGUCUCCCGUCUGCCAUUGUUUUGGACAAGACGCGUCUCAUACGGCCCUACCACCCCUCUACGCACCAUCCCACGGCAUUCUUUCCUUUGUACGGGACUUCAAUUGUUGACCGCGAUAACCCGGUCGCGUUGUAUAAUUCCUAAUUGCAGCUUUUACACUAUUCUUUUCAUCGUCCCUCCCUUGGCUUAUUUUACUGUAUUAUAAUUCGCUGUGAACGCGCUUUCGACCCCUCGACCGGCCAAACGCCCUCUCCCUGCGACCCCUGGCAUCAUUCCACCUCAAGCUUCUAAGAAAGUUGAAUGCCAACACGCUCACUUCCGCCAUAGCUCCUGCAACGCCGAACUCUGAAAAGAGCUCUACCGCAGUCGCGAGCACCUGAAUCGCGCGUUUCCCCGGGUUACAAUUGAGUGGUUCACUGCACAAUAAUCAGCAUUGACGGCACCUGUGGCGGCGUCAAUUGGAGCUCAUGAUAGUGGAUACUCGGCCACUUGGCAAUCACUUCAAAUUCGACUAAAACCACGCGCCUCGUUGAACGACAUUACAGGAGCUGAGCAUAGCUGCGCGCGAGUCCACUUUUACUCA